CGUGACAAAGGGUUGAGGUGGGGGCUCGGCGCUGAAAUGCUGCCGUGCCGAGUUUAGAUCAUUCUGAAACAGCAGCUCUUAAGGCGCAUAGCAGCCUGCAAAAGUGAUAUAGCCGCGGCGGACGACGACCACGACGAUCAGGAAUUUGUUGUCUCUCCGGGCACCCGGCGACUUGGUGGAUUUAGCUCGGGUGCCUGCGGAUGUGCUUCGGGAGAACGGCGCUUAACCUUUGCAUUCGGCAUUCCAGUUGCACUUUGUCUCGCCCAGGAUCGGAGCGGCGGGCGAAGGACCAUGUGGUGAAAAGGGAGCCUGGAUUCGUGGACGCGGCGUGACUCUCGUCGACUCCACGCGCGCUUGCCCGGAGAGACAUCGCGCGCCUCCAAGACGGGGCGCGGGGCGGGGGGGGGCGCGCGCAGAUCAAGCUCCAAGUUGGCGGAAGGCAGGAGAGACGGCCGAGCGUCGCCGCAGCAGCAGCAGCAGCCUCGCUUCGCAAAUACUGCCCGCUUCCCCGCCUCCUCCUCGCUCGCUCCCUCGCUGGCCAAGCCCGUCGUCAUAUUUCGAGGGGCGCUCCUUCCAGGCCGUGUGGAUGAGGCGGGCGAUUGAAUUGCUCUUGGAUCGAGCGCGGCACAGUUCUGCAGAACCAGCUCGAUCGCCUUUACCUGCGUUCCUUCGUCGCUGAACGCGUCGCCGCGCUUCGGAGGAAAUUCCGUUCCUUUUAGGAACAAACCGCGGGAAGGGAGAGGGAGCGCGCAGUCCGCCCGUUUCCCCCCCUUGAAUGGUUGUGCUUCGGAAGAAGAGGGGUUUGGGGGCCAGGCACCUUGGCUUUCCUCCUGCUGGAGGAACCCGCGGUUGCGAUCGCUGUGUGCGCCUCGGAGGAAGAGAGGGCGAAGCAGAAGAUCGUGGCCUCGCAGACGCGACCGGAGCUGCCGAGCAAGGAAGAGGUUGGGGAGGGGGAACUCGUCCACCCCUCCCGCUUGAGAAAUGAGUCCUCCGGUAUCUUAAGCCUGCCUUCUCAGCCUCACGCUACCCUAUGGAUCUAACUUAGAGGGCUGGUGCUUUCACGCGGAGUUUCCAUUCCAAUAUCUCUGCAUUCAUCACCUCCUUUGAGCUCAGAUUGCAGAGUGGGCAAUACUGCCACCUUCCUCUUCGCGCCAGUUCAGUGCUCCUCAGCUUUACUCAAGUCCAUUCAGCCAGGCGGUUUUUUUUUCAGCCAGCAUUUUCCCUCCCAAAUGGAAACGCCUGCCUUCUUAAAGCUGCUGAGAGGAUCAGUCAAGAGAAAUGGAGUGGUUGCUUCUUCACUCCCAAGACUUAAGAAUUUCAGAUGCAUGCCAGGCCCCUGGUGAAUGCCAGACGUAGAGGUUGCUACACAUGGAGCCCCAGGGUCAGCAUGGCAGUGGUACUUCAUUAGUUGUCCUCCAGCAGCCUUUGGAUAGCCGGCAAAGGGUGGACUAUGAAAGAGACAUUCAGCCCACAGCUAUCUUAUCGCUGGAUCAGAUCAAGACUAUCAGGGGCAGCAACGAAUACACUGAAGGCCCAUCUGUGGUGAAAAAGUCUGCUCCACGGACAGUUCCUAGGCAAGAAAAACAGGAAAGGACUCAUGAAAUCGUACCAAUUAAUGUGAAUAAUAAUUAUGAACACAGGUCUAGCCACCCAGGACAUGUUUUGCAUCAACACAACUCAAGGGCCCCUGUGUUGAGCAGGUCGACGAGCACUGGGAGUGCCGCAAGCUCUGGAAGUAACAGCAGUGCUUCCUCAGAGCAGGGUCUGCUCCUGCGGUCACCGCCAUCUCGGCCAGGGCCAGGCCACAGAUCUGAAAGGCCCAUCUGGACGCAGCCCAAGCCGUCAUCUCUGAUUGUGGACGACCUGAAGAGUCCCUUGAAAGAGGACUCAACGCAGCACAAGUUUAUCUGUGAACAGUGCGGGAAGUGCAAAUGUGGAGAAUGCACGACGCCCAGGGCCUUGCCUUCUUGCUUGGCCUGCAACAGACAGUGCUUGUGCUCAGCAGAGAGCAUGGUGGAAUAUAGCACCUGCAUGUGCCUGGUGAAAGGGAUCUUUUACCACUGUUCCAAUGAUGAUGAAGGGGACUCCUAUGCCGAUAAUCCUUGCUCUUGUUCCCAGUCGCAUUGCUGGUCUAGGUACUUGUGCAUGGGAGCCAUGUCCUUGUUGUUGCCUUGUCUGCUCUGUUACCCUCCUGCAAAAGGAUGCCUAAAACUAUGUCGUGGGUGUUAUGACCGGAUCAAUCGUCCAGGUUGCCGAUGCAAGAACUCAAACACGGUUUAUUGUAAGCUGGAAAGUUGCCCUUCUAGGGGUCAAGGCAAACCCUCCUGAUUUGUGGGGGAGGGGGGGAACAUUGAGUUCCUCAGACUGUCCUUCAGGUUGUGGCUGGCUUAUCUGUCUUUAUUUCCCCCUUCCUCCAUUUUCCUUUCCUUUGCUUUCAUGCAGACGUUCUUUUCAACUUUGCACCAUAGCUUCUUUCUUGGCAAAGGCACAUCUGGGUCUUUGGUAAGUAUGGCCCACAUUCUUGCAUCUAAUGUUUCCUCUUGGCAAGUCAUUUCAGGUUGGUGAGUAAUCCCCUCCUGAAUGAAGCAAUGAGGGUACUGUGUUUUUCUGAAACCUUUUAGUCCUGCAAACAGCUUUCCAAAUAUGCUAUUUCGUUCUCUUGUUUUGUUACACCAAUUUUUAAUAGCUUCCAAGUGAUUAUUUUGAGUCUUUCUCCUUUUUUAAAAGGAAGCUUUGUAACUCAGCUCUUUUCAUGAAAAGAGAAGCAUUAGCUAUGCUUGAGUUGGAAUGUAGCCUUGCCAUCUUUUAAGAUAUGAACCUGCACUCAUUGUGGACCCACCUUGAGAGUUUGUAAAAUCUCUUGAUCUGGAUUGUUAAAACUUACUUAAUUGUUCCCACUUUGCACACUGCAUCUGGACAUUGGAAAUGCUAUAGCUACACCUUUCUUAAUUAGCUUCUAUGACUUUCAGAUAUCUACAAGGCUCUACGUUUCCACUUUUUAAGCUGUUCUUUUGAUACUAAAGUUGCUGGUUUCUGCACAUCUGAGUAAUAGUCUUUGGAUAUCAUUCAGUUUUAAGUUGUGUAAACAUUCUUGAAUCUUUUAACACUUCUAUUAUUUCUGUGGUUUAAUGACAUUUAACUCCAGUCCUGUGCUCAGUAACUUUAAUCCUCUCUGUUUUUAUUGCCUUAGCCACAAAUUGUGGUGCUUUUUUGUAUAUUUUAUGUAAAAACAUAAAAGUUAAAUUCUGACUAUUUUUAAGACAAAGGUUUGUUAAAACUUUUUUUAUUGUAAAGAAUAUUUAUUAUGUGAAUCUCUAUUAUUUUAUGAUAUUUAUUACAAAGGACUGUUCCAAAAAUGUACUCCUGUCUGAAUAUAACAAGAUAUCAAUACUUAACAGAAAUAAGGGUGACACAAAGAAAGUACAUAUGUUAAACUAUAAUGCAGAAAAUAUAAUAAUUAAUGAAAACG